AAGAAUGGAAGAAAAACUUUUAUUUUUGUAUAUGAAAUUAAAAUAAACAAAAACUUUGCACUUGUAGAUUAUUACAAUUCUUAGCCUUUAAUUUGGAUUAUUAUUCAAAUUUCUUUAUCGAUACAAUUUAUGAAUAAAACGUUUUAAAAUCAAUUAUAUAAUUACAUUCUAAAUUACAAAAAGGGAUAAUUGUGGCAUAAGUACCCAAUGUUUGGGUUUUGUACGCGGCAUAGACCCAAUGUUUAUUUUUAGUGGCAAAAGUACCCAAAAUUAGUAAAACUGUAAUUUCGUCAGUCUCCUCCGUUAGGCAGACACGUGUCACGUUUUUAUUGGUCUAAAUCAUAAUUAAUUUUAAACAUUGGGUACUUAUGUUGUGACGCCCCACGUCACUAUGGCUGCUUUCUAGAAUAACGACUGGCCCUACAAACCAAGACAAGUCUUUCCAGCGUGCUUUGUCCUCACUCGCACACUUUCUGGGAAAACUUCUCAGGAGGUCACCCAUCCCUAGAUUACUCCAGGCCAAGCACGCUUAACCAUGGAGUUCUCAAGUGAUGGGCUACCAAAAAGAAGAUGCACCUUCCUGAUAUAGGUAGUACCCAUCAAUCAAUUUAAGUCAUCUUCAACUGUGUAGUCUCAUACCUACACAGUCUUAGAAUCAUUACACUUGACCUUCCCCAUGUGGUGUGGGAUUGCACAGCUUACCCGGUCUUUCCCUUUACGAAUCACGGGAUUCUGACUGUCACAUAUGCCACGUACAAAACCCAAACAUUGGGUACUUAUGCCGCAAAUAUCCCUAAUAUAUCCAUACCCAGAAAAACGAUGAAGAUGAAGCUUUCCCCCCGACCACACCCAGACGAUCCACCCCCGACAGUAUAGCACGUGAACCCAGUAGAAGAAAACUUGUAAUUCCUUCGAAUUGGGGGUUAGGGCAUCUUUUGCAUCGGGUUAAUGGAGAACGGAAAAAAUUGUCAUUGUCGACCACCAAGGCCAGUGGUAGAAAGAACGGCUUGGACAAACAAAAAUCCUGGGCGAAGAUUCAGAACAUGCAACAAGUAUCGGAUUCAUGGUGGGUGUAAUUUCUUUGAAUGGAUAGACCCUCCAAUGUGCCAUCGAGCAAAGGUGGUCAUCCUUGGACUACUAAGAAAAAUUGGUGACCUUGAAACUGAAAUCACAUCCCUAAGUACGAAAACUGACAUUGGAAGUCAUCGGCAAUGCAGUGGUUCUUCAAAUGGAUUUGAGACACAAUCUCACAACCUUCAAAAUGUUGGAAGAGAAAGCUGUGAAAGUUGUGCUGAAAGCAGGGGUAGAGUAUAUGAUGGAGGUCGAAUGCAGUGUUACUACUUUUUGAAUACUAUGUAUUUUGCUGUAAUUCUAUUGAUUGUGGUUAUUUGGGCUACAAAAUCAAAGUAGAAGUUGUUGGUAUUGUUAGUUUAUUUUUGGGUAAUUUUCAUGUGCAGUAUUGACAAUGACAAAGCUAUUGCACCCUAGGCAUUGAUUUGUAAUGAAUUUUGUUGUAAAAUGAAACCCCAAAUCAAUGUAAUCUAUCUUGGUCUAUUUUGA